UAGAAACCAAUUUACCUACGGCCAAAUGGAAUGCGGGAAAGUGGCUUACAUCCGCUCUUAUCUACUAACUAUUCCGGGUGUAUCGUGAAGUUUCCGAUCAUAUUGAGCAGUGCUUUCUCGACAAGCUGCGCAAAAUGUUGCUCGCCCUGGUGGCUUCAUCCAAAAUAUGGAUAUAUUGUUUACUUUUUGAUACUGUGUUCCUGUUGUAGUAUAGCCGGUGAUAAGCAGAAUGUUCCUCUGGAGAACUGCACCAGUAUUCGCGCCGACAUGGUGGAUUUGAGCGAGUGCAAUCUCACCCAUGUGGAUCCACACUAUUUCGAGGAUCAUCGAUAUUUGACCAUGUUGGAUAUGAGCCAAAACCAACACUUUCAGUUCCCCUUGGAUGGAUCACCGUUUUUGUACCACCCUACAUUGUUGCACUACUAUUGUGAGUUUUGUGGGAUAACUGCUGUCUACGAGUUGACGUUCUCCGAGCUGAGACAACUGAGGACACUGAGUCUUCGCGGAAAUCGGAUUCAGCACAUUCCCGCCAAUGCGUUCAACUUCAAUUGGAUUGAGUCCCUCAAUCUGGCGGAUAACCAAAUCGGUAGAUUGAAUGACAACCAUGAGCUGGAAACGAUGCAGAAUUUGCGGAAGUUGAAUGUGAGCGGAAACUUGGGAUUUGAGUUAAACGGGCUGUCGAUGGACUUCCGUGAGUUGUGGUGGGUGGAUUGCAGGAAGUGUGGAUUGGAAUAUCUCAAUGCAGAGUGGUUUGGACAAGUGAAAAAACUAAAGAAAUUGAAUCUUGACGAUAAUUUUAUUAGGGAAAUACCUGGAAAAUGCUUUUCGGAAAAUGACAAAUUGAAAAGUGUUGUAUUGAGUGGAAACCCGUUGAAAAGAAUGAACUUUGAAAGCCAAAAUCUUGAACAUUUACAUUGCAGUAACUGUAGUAUGAUUAUUCUUGAUAAAGACAGCUUUAUAAAUAUGCCAAAUUUGAGAGUUUUGAACUUGGCCUAUAAUGAAAUCAAAAGCGUCGAAAACAAUACUUUCGAACGGAAUAACAAUCUGCAUUCAGUUCUGUUGGAUCAUAAUAAUUUGACGGAAUUUCCCAUUCAAUCGUUGAAAAGGUUGCGAUCGCUUGAGGUUUUAUGUGUCGAUUUUAACCGUUUUCACCCUACUGGCACAUUGAGCAAGUUUAAACGUCUCUACAAUGCACUGAAUCUACGACAGGGCUGUGCAGCAGAUGAUAACUGGUUGUAUCACUUUGAGAAUUUGUUACCUGAAAGUGUCCAUGAAGGAGAAGUGCUCUACGAACCUGAUUUUCCUCCAUGUGAGCAUGAGGUUAAUCUUACAUAUCGUAACAUCGCGUGGAUACAUCCAAUGGGAUUUGUUAAUUGUUCUUACCUUACAAAACUCUUCAUGGACUUCAAUAAGAAUUUCUCUUUCCCUAAACACAAGCCUUUCUUGCACAGCGAUACCUUGGAAUCUUAUUCUUGCCUCCAUUGCGCAAUAGAAGUUCUUUAUCCGGAAACUUUUCUCAAAAUUCCUGAACUGAACAGCAUUGCCUUGCGGAACAACCAUCUCAAAAAGAUAACCCAUCUGGACAUUCUGACCACAGUUCCAAACCUAAAAGGCAUCGAUCUCGCCGACAACCAUUUGGAUCUACUUCCAUCGGAAAUCUUCAUGCACCAUAAGUUCCUAACCACAACUAUCGACGUAAGUCGCAAUCGACAUCUGUGGCGUGAUUUCAAACUGCCAAUUCUGGACCAGUCCUGGGUAACCAUCCUACUAGCAUCUCACUGUGGGAUUCACCACAUCACUCCAAUCACCAUCAGUUUGAUGCCUUCUCUGCAGGAGCUGGACUUGUCCAGUAAUCCAAUCCGGUCAAUCGCACCGAAUGCGUUUCAGAACAAUGUGCAAUUGUUGAAAUUGGUGCUCACCGAUACGCAUUUGCGAGUUCUGCCCACGGUGGCCGUUGAAUAUCUCACUAAUCUGAAACAGUUGUGCAUGUUUAGCAUGCCCCAAUAUGAUUUGCAGGAUGAUAAAACCAAGGCAAAUAAUGUUCAAUUGGGAGCACUGAUGAAAGAAAAGAAAUGGUGCUGUUUGGGAGGGGAAAUUUUCUUAAAAGCUCUUAUGGCCAACCACGUGGAAGCAAAAUCUGUUGAUAAUGCUGUGGAAGUCGGUUCAAACAGUUGCAUUCAUCGUUCUGCUGUUGGCGGAAUUAAUUUGUUCAUUUAUACAACAUUGUUUAUACUGAUAAGGAUUGGAUAUACCUCUUGAAUCAACUUAAUAACUUGAUGUUCUCAAAAAUGGCUAAUUGUUAGAUCAGGAACAGUAUAUAGUGUGUGUAGCUAAUAUAAAAAAAAUCAUCGAAAUCGGUUGAGUAUUGGUGGAGAUAUCGUUUAAAAAAGAAACUUGCAAUUUGAGAACCUUGGACAAACAAACAUUUAAAAAAAUAUAACUUUUCACCGUUUUAACUCUAGAGCCAAAAAUACUGAACCGAUUUCAAUGGAAAUGAUUCUGAAUGUCAAGUAUUCAUGUAGAAAUCAUGCUUGAAAAUUUUAUUCAAAUUGAUUUAGACGUUAAAAAGGUAUACCCGUAUGUGCGGCAAACAUGUUUUUUGUAUUGUGACAUAGAAAAAGUAAUAAUACAGCCAAAAUAAAACACAUGGAGCUUGCUUUUUUUAAAGUGUGUUAAAUUGAAACAAUUUUAACUUUGAAUACUUGUUAAAAAUCUUGGACGUUUGGACGAGUAAAAAACAAAAUUAUAACCUUAACAACUAUUGAAAAUGGGUGCCCCAAUUUUCGAAAAUCUCUUUUAUUAUUAUUAUUAUUAUAAAUAUUUAUUAAAGACACUUUACCACUUAUGUGGCAUUCGUGUCUGAUCUCUUUUAUGGUUUCGACAAUAUCUGCACCAAUACUAAACCGAUUUUGAUGAAAUAUGUUUUUGGUAUUAGCUGCUCAUGAUACUAUUCCUGGUCAAAAAUUAGCCUUUUUUGUACACAAUCAAAUGUUAUUCAUUAUUUUAUGUGUCCACAUUUCUUCGAAUUCAGUCUUUACGUGCGACAGUUAUUUUGCUAAAAAAAAAAAGUAUUAUGUCCAUUUUAUCAUUUUCGUAUGAGGAAAAAGCGGUCUUUAACACGAUAUACCUACAAAUAUAAAACUACAAAAAAAAACAUGACAUUGUGGGCUUCGUGGAUAUGCAGCCACGCACAUGUAAUAUAAAAGUUGCGGCAGAGCAAGUUUUGGUUGCAUACGAAUCAACAUGACGUUUUUCUAGCAUUGUGUUAGAAUAACGUAAAAUUACCUUCUAUUAACCUUAAACAAAACUUUUAAAUUUGGAAAUCACUCAAAAAGGCUUUUCUCUCUUACAAAAUUUAAAGUUAAAAAUGAAUAAAUAUAUAAUAAAACCAAAACUAGCGUUGCCCCACCUCUCAAAUGGCACGUGUGAUGUUUGGGUAACAUCAAUCGUUUAGGCGUUUCAUAUGCCUCGAAGUGUGAGUUCGAUUCCUGCUCCAGUCGGAAACAACUUUUCGUCAAACGGGAAAUUCUACACUGGACCACUGGGUGUUAAAUGUGUUGUCCGUUUUACAGUAUUAGUAUACCAUAUAACUUUCAAUUAUAAAAUCUAGAUUCUAGAAUUACAACACUAAUUGAAUCAGUUUCAAAGGGAGAUGAAAGAAACGCUUUCCAAUUUCAAAUGAAACAAAACGCCUUCAGUAUCAUCCGGUGAUGUGUCACUGCAUGGGUUAGAAGACAGCGAAGAAAUUACAGUAGGUUGUAAAGUGGAUUGCAAUCUCCUAUAGUAGACCAGACUGUAUUUUAGUUCCAACGAUGUAAGACUCUGGUUUAGUCUUAGCAGACACGUGACGGUGUGAAUUUUCUCUUUUGUCCAUGUCUAACUGUACAAAAAUAAUAAAUAGCUAGUAAGUGUUCCAGAAUCCAUACAUAAUUGUUACCUCGAAUGAACAUCAAUCUCUGUCAUUUCUUAAAUGAAGAAAUAAAUUUAAUUUCCGAAGAAAAAA